CACUACUCCUUUUUAUUCUUUCUAGCCAUAUUUUGGGGCAAAGUUUUAGCGGGGGAUAGAUGUACAGAACUUAGUAGAGCGCCUGCCUUAGACUUAUCGGGAUGCUCACUACGGAAGUUACCUUCUCCCGCGAUGUGUUCCACAAAUGUUAAGUUAUUAAAUCUUAGUCACAAUUGGCUUGUAUCAAUCGCUCCCAAUUCAUUUAUUAAAUUUCCUUAUUUAAGGAAAUUAAGCCUAAAUAAUAACCUCCUUUACUCUAUUGACUCUAAGCUAUUUGACGGACUAGUCUCACUGAAGUCGCUAUCUCUUCACAAAAAUCAAAUUACCCAUAUUGCAGAUGACGUUUUUUCUGAGUUGUCCGAGUUACGAUUUCUCCGUUUAUUUAAUAACAAACUUUUUAAUUUGAGUGAAAACUUAUUUAAGGCUCUGGUCAAGCUUAAGCGUUUGAAUCUUCGGAACAAUAACAUAGCUUUGAUACCUCCCUAUCUUUUUAAAGAUCUUAAAAAAUUAACAUAUUUAGAUCUGCGAGUUAACCAGAUUCACUCUUUAAAUUCCAGGAUGUUUGCAGGGCUAAAGUCACUACAGAAUUUACGUCUUCACGAUAAUUUAUUGGAAUUAAUUUCCACGGGAACAUUUAUAAAAUUAACUGCGCUAACGCAUUUAGAUCUUAGUGGUAAUCUCAUAACAAAAAUUGAAUCUCAAGCUUUCAGCGAUUCGUUUAACUUUAGUGUUUUAAAACUUACGCUUUAUUGGAAUUUUCUUUGUUGCUCGCGCGCACACUAUCAGAAUAAUUUAACUUAUUUUGGAAACGUGUGUACUCAUGAUAACAAAAUAGUAUUCUAUGAAAACAUCCCUUUAGAAGAUUGUGCUUAAUUUCCUAAAUCA